AUGGAUUCGCCUAGUACCCAAAAGGCUAAACCGAGAAAGAUGAAGGCUGCUGUGAAGAAGCCUCGAGCUCAAAAACUCUUGGAUUUGUUUUACCGAGUGAUCGAGAUAACUGUGGUUAUGGUUACAGUGGCCAAGCUCUGUUACCAACUAGUCAUCAUGUUCGAGGACUCUGGCCUCUCACGUUUUCUCAUCAACCGUCACCUUGCUUUCCUCUUGGGGAACGCCAUAGUCAUCGCCGUAGUCGCCAAGUGCGGUCUCUUUACGAAUCAAGAACCUGAUGCACAGAGAAACAGCAAUGAAUUUUACAACGAGUUUGUUCGAGAGAGCUCAAGAAGAGAGAAGACUUUACAUACAGAUGUUAUAAGCAGAGAAAAACAGAGCAGUGAAGAAAAGAAACAGAGCCGAGCAAAACAGAGCAUGUUGGAGAACAGGGCAAAACAGAGUACUGAAGAUAACAGAGAGAAACAGAGUACGGACAAGAAGGACAUAACUGUGAAGAGAGAGAAGCAAAGGAGUGGGUCAGAGAAUCUCGAGGGCUCGAAGAAGAGUUCUUGUGGAAGGUUGAAGAGAUCGGAGACAGAGAGACAUGCUGAUGUUUCUGAUGAUGAACUAAGGUACAAGAUCGAGUCUUUCAUUGCGAGACAGAGGAGGAACCAAAAGGAUGAAGAAUUUUGUAUUGUUUAGAUAAGUACUAAAAAAAAAAAAGCAAGGAAACAAAAAAAGAAGAAGAAAAACUUUUUGUUUAUGCCAAUAACAUUCACAUAUAUGUGUGUAUGUAAAUAUAGGGGUGCAAAUAUUUCAAACCCCAGCAUAAAAUGUUGUUUUAGCUUUUCUUUUCUUUUUUUUUUCUUUGUAAAAUUUUGUUCCAUCUUAUAAGCUAUGUAACAUAUAUUUUCUGUAAA